AAUAAUCCAGAAAAAAGAUGCUCGGAAAUAAGGAAGUGGAACUGUAGGCUGUAGCCUAUCGGAAUGCACCGAAGACAUCAACUCUUUGGUGAGUUCAGUCUACAGUUCUAAGCCACAUGGCCAUCCUCGCCACGGUAACUAGCCUUCACGCCAUUAGAUCGGCGGCCAAUCUAUCAGCAGGUGGCGACGCAGAGUCCUCCCGCCCAUCUCCGCCGUCACCGCGCCUUACCCGCGUGAUCCUCCCGAAGAAGAAGCCCUUGAAGUGGUCGACUGGCACGGCUCCCAGUGAGUACGGCGGGCCGGCCACGGCGCAGACGACGACGAAGCUCCGAAAAUACUGGGGCGGUGGCGACCAGGAUCCACUCGCAGCCACUGAUGAUUUUAUCUGGAACAAGGAUUUCGUCGGCCACAUGAAGCGUUUCCUUGUCGACGAGCCGAACCUUCCCACUACAUUUACAACUAGGGUUGUGGAGCAAAGCUCGGGAUUUCUAAGCCUGAAUCGAGCAAUGAGGUUGGACAGUGUGGGAAUUGAUCUGAGCGAAGAGCUGCGCUCACCGUCCAGGUCCGUUCUGGAGCAGCAGGUGGAAGCAGCCAGGAGCGGUCGCUCUGCUGCUGAAAACCCUAGUGAUGUUGCAUCACCAAGAUGGCGAUUGGUCCCUAGCACAAAGUGGGAUAGAGCAAAUAAGGCUGCUACUGGAGGAACUGAUGUAAUAAUACGGGAAUCAUCUAGGAGUCGAGUUGAUCCCAGGGUUUUGAGAGCUCAAUCUACAGAGGAGUAUGCUAAGUUGAAGAACAAACUUCAAGUGCUUACUCUAGGGAUUGGUGGCAUUGGUGUAAUCUCAGCAUAUGUUCUCUAUAGUCCCGAAAUUGCUGCUAGCUUUGGUGCAGGGUUGCUUGGUUCCCUUAUUUACAUCAGAAUGCUUGGCAGUACUAUAGACUCCAUGGCAGUUGGGUCUAAAGGUCUUCUCAAGGCAGCUGUUGGACAACCGAGAUUACUGGUUCCAGUGGCUAUUGUUAUGAUAUAUAAUCGGUGGAAUGAAAUACUAGUUCCAGAUCAUGGGUUCGUACACUUGGAAUUGAUACCCAUGCUUGUUGGAUUCUUCACCUAUAAAGUUGCCACUUUUGCUCAGGCUAUUCAAGAUUCCAUCACUUCGGUUGAUGAGAAAAGCUAAUUCUAAGCUUUCGUUAUCUUCUAUUGUGCAUAUUAUACAAUCAUUCUUGCAUUUUGUUCUCUUAAAGAUGAGAAUCUUUCUGGAUUUGAGGACAUAUUUAAUUGUAAUUUUUUUUU